CUGUUCUUUGUUCCACACGUGAUCGGCGUCUCGACCACGUUGUCGGUUUUUUCCACUCGUAAGCGUUGUCAGCAUCAAUCCCACUUCUGAUGUAAAGAUAGUUUGGUGAAAGGAAUAAAACACUCGCCGUUAGGUAAUAUUGCGCACCAUUUAUUGAUAUCGAAAAAAACACACAAUUUAACUUUAACCUAGCAAUACCAACACCACCUUUUCUGAUGCCCGUCUGGUCGACGACUGGCUCUCGGUUCUCCCCCUCUCUCUAUCACUCUACACGCACACUUUGUCUGCUUACGCACCCUCUAGCGGGUUACUCGGUGACUCAGUCCUCACACAAUUGCGAUUGUGCAUAGACUAUCGGGAAUUCGGUCGAAUGAGGUAAUAGCAACGAAUUCAGACCUACACGUUGGUAAUAGUCUAUCCCACAAAAGGCACCUACGGUGCAAAAAAGUUCGCCAAGUUCAAAUGUUCAAUAGUAACUACCAUAAAAAUAUAUCUAAUGAUUGAUUAGAAGAAUUCAUGAAUAAUAGGAAAAAAAGAAUCCAAAUCAAUUACUGUGCCAAGUACGUACAUGGAACUAUGCUCCACGAAUAGAAAUUCUCGAGAAGAUUGGCAUAAAAAAAAAAUAACCCUAUUAAUUAAUUGAACGAUGACGAAAUUGGAAAGAAAUGGAUGAGAACACCGAGCCCACAACGACCCAUCUGCAGAGCUCGGUCGAAGUGGAUGUUGAGAAAUGUGGCGCAAUUUUCAAAGUUAAACAUGGCGACACAAAAAAUUACUUUAUAUGAUUCGAAAAGGGAUAUUCUAGUCGAAACUUAUGUUUCUCCCGCAGAUGCCGAACGUGCGACUACAGACAUAGUUUUCGCUACAGAGCUGUUAAGAAGAGCUGUAAAUCAGGAUUCACAACCCUCUACAUCAACUGAUGCUGAUUGUAUGAGUUAUGAUUUGAAUUCUGAUGAUAUUAAUGCAAGUUUUAUUGAUGAAGAAGCUCUUGAUACUGAGGCCACAGUUGACGUUAACUCUGAAACACAAGAAAGUGAAGUUUCUUUAUACAGGUGGAGUCCACCCUGUGUAUUAUUAUUAUUAGAGACCUAUAGGUCCAUGGAAGAAACCUUUAUAGUGGCAAAAAGUCCCAAAAAAAAGUGUGGGAGGAAAUAGCCAAAGAGCUAAUUAAAAGAGGAUACAACGUAACUGGACCGCAAUCUUCUUCUAAGUUACAAAGUUUAAAAAAAACUUAUAAAACCAUAAAGGAUCAUAACAAUGAAUCGGGCAACGAUAAAAGGAAUUGGCAGUUUCUCAACAUCAUGGAGGAAAUUUUUGCCAAAAAAGCAUGGUGCAAUCCAGUUGCAGUUGCAUCUUCCACUGGUCAAUCAUCGAAACAGUCAGAAAGUACCGAUACUGUAGUGGAAUCUGAUAGCGGAUAUUCACCAAGAUCAAGUAAAACAACAAUAAUAUCUUUACUGGGGAAAAGAAUAAAGCAAAAAGCUGAACAUGAGGAUAAUAGAAGUAAAAGGCACAAGGAGCGACUGGAGAUGGAUGAAAAGUUUCUAGCAGUUUUACAUAAGUUGGCUG